AUGAGCUAUGCUAGAUGGACGGAUGUACCCAAGUCCAUUAAGGAUGAGUUGAUUGACAGGGUCAGGGGUGACUUCGAAUUAGAUUGGGAAUUGAAGAACCAUCGAUUGGCAGUUUGGAAGCAACUACGUAAGAGAUUUAACGCCUUCCACGAUGAGCUGCACAAGAAGUAUUUGGCAUAUGCGAGCCAUGAUGAGGCAUUGCCUGCUGAUGUAGAGUUCGUCGACCCCAUAGUAUGGGCUAAGCUAUGUGGCCGAUGGGGAAGUGAUGCAUUCAAGCGAUCUGAAGGAGCAAACUUGGUGGACUUCUACAAGGAAGUCCGCUGGUCGAAGAAGAAGGAUAAAUUUGUCACAGAUGCCACUGAAGAUAUUUAUAAGGAGAUGGCUGGAAAGAUGGAUGAAUUAGCCCCUGAGAAUCAUAGUGAUGAGGCAACUAGGGCUGUCUCUAGGGAGGUGCUUGGUCAUAGACUAGGAUAUGCACGAGGCCUUGGAGAGAUGGUGAUACUAGAGUCUACGAGAGCAAAGGACCGUGAACGAGAUAAAGAGUACGCAAUGUUAGUGGAAAGAUAUAAGAAAGAUGCGGACGACCACAAGAGUGAACUAGACCGUGUGAGGGAAGAAAUGCGAGUGGUUGUGGAGAGACAAAUUGAAAGUAAGAAUAUGUUGAGGAGUUUGAUGGCAUCAUUUCAUUCGCAUGCAAGAGGCUCUCUUCGGGGGACGCAAUGACCCCCGAGUUGCAUUGAA